AUGGAAACCGCUCCUGAUGGUUGGUGUUGCAUUAACACUGACGCUGCUAUUGAUCCCACCACGAAUGAAGGGACUGUUGGCUGUGUUAUCCGUUCGGCCGAUGGUGGUUGGCUUAUGGGUUUUAACAAAGUUGUUGGCAUCUCUAACCCUCUUCAAGCGGAGCUCUGGGGUAUCCUCACUGGCAUCAAGCUCGCUCGGUCGUUCGGACUCAACUCAAUUCUUAUCCAAACUGAUAAUACUCAAGCCGCUCUUCUCAUCAAUGAUCGCGAAGCUCAGCGAAGCCCUUUUCCUUUGGUUCACGCAGGGCGGAUGUACGUGGCUCUCUCCAGAAACCCUCGCGAAGAAGAUAAAGUUGCUGAUGAGAUUGCCAGAUUGUCCUCUGGUGCCAACUUUCAGGUGACUAUUCUCCGUUAG